AUGGCGAGGAAAAGUUACUACGCGGUGCAAAAUGGUCGUAGCAAUGGUGUAUUCACCAAUUGGGGCGACUGUAAGGAUCAAGUGAAUGGAUAUCCAGGUGCCGUUUAUAAGAAGUUUGAUACAAUGGAACAAGCAAGGGCUUAUUCGAGCGGUGGGCAGAGCAAUUCUGGUUAUGGAUCGCGGAAUACUGAUUACGGCGAACGGUUUCGUUCAUCCCAGUCCGGCAGUCGUGGCGACAGAAACUAUGAGCACCACGUUCAUAAAAUCUCCACCCCAUCUGCAAGAAAUCAACUUGGAACGGACAGCUCUUACGGUCACCACAAAUCUUAUAAAAGCUCUCGUAAAUCGUCGUCGGGCUAUCCAAAUUAUUCUCGAACUUUCAAAGCUAAACCAGUGCAAGACAAACUGCCGCCUGAAAAAUACUACGCGGUGAGAAGUAGUAACGCGGACAUCGAAAAUAAGAUUUUUGACAACUGGGCUGAUUGUCAACGCUACGUUUCUGGUAAAGGCGGCCUGUCUUUCAAGAAGCUUUCUAGUGAGAGCGAUGCCGUUGAUUUCAUAAAUGGCUCCAGUUUCAGAGAUUACGAGCACAUUGACAUCCCCAGGGCCGAAUUUAACAGCCGUUACAAGAAAACUAGCACAUCAAAGUCUAGCCCGAAAAAAUGUAACGUCUACUGUGAUGGCUCAGCCUUGAGCAAUGGGCAAAACAACUCUCGGGCAGGGUAUGGCGUCUACUUUGAAGAUCAAAGUGAAGACAGUAUAUCAGAGCCUCUGAAAAAUGGUGCGUCCACCAACAAUAGAGCCGAGAUUCAGGCUGUAUCGAGCGCUUUGGAUAAAAUUUGGACAAAUUUGGCUGAUGAAAACAAAAAUGUGAGAUAUCAAAUCAAAACGGACUCUGAAUAUGUAUCGAAGCUGCUUAAUGACCGCUACAUGGGUUACGACGACGAAAAACUCAAAAGCAUGCCUAAUGGCGACUUGAUCAGACCUCUCAUCAAUAAAUUUGCCAAGGUCAAACAGUACUACGCCAUUAAUGAUUCAACAUUCGGCGAGUCACCUUUCAAAAUUGAUUGGGUCAAGGGUCACUCUGGUGAACCCGGAAAUGAGAUCGCUGACCAACUUGCACGAGAUGGGGCAGCCAAAAGAUGA